AUGGAGGCUUGGGUACCAACUACCUAUUGUACCUCCCUGACUGUUUCCUCUCUUUCUUCUCCAGGCUUGUUAGAGUGCUGUGCAAGAUGUCUGGUAGGGGCCCCCUUUGCUUCCUUGGUGGCCACUGGAUUGUGUUUCUUCGGGGUGGCACUGUUCUGUGGCUGUGGACAUGAAGCACUCACUGGCACAGAAAAGCUAAUUGAGACCUACUUCUCUAAAAAUUACCAGGACUAUGAGUAUCUCAUCAAUGUGAUCCAUGCCUUCCAGUAUGUCAUCUAUGGAACUGCCUCUUUCUUCUUCCUUUAUGGGGCCCUCCUGCUGGCUGAGGGCUUCUACACCACCGGCGCAGUCAGGCAGAUCUUUGGCGACUACAAGACUACCAUCUGCGGCAAGGGCCUGAGCGCAACGUUUGUGGGCAUCACCUAUGCCCUGACCAUUGUGUGGCUCCUGGUGUUUGCCUGCUCUGCUGUGCCUGUGUACAUUUACUUCAACACCUGGACCACCUGCCAGUCUAUUGCCUCCCCCAGCAAGACUUCUGCCAGCAUAGGCAGUCUCUGUGCUGAUGCCAGAAUGUAUGGUGUUCUCCCAUGGAACGCUUUCCCUGGCAAGGUGUGUGGCUCCAACCUUCUGUCCAUCUGCAAAACAGCUGAGUUCCAAAUGACCUUCCACCUGUUCAUUGCUGCGUUUGUGGGGGCCGCAGCCACACUGGUUUCCCUGCUCACCUUCAUGAUUGCUGCCACUUACAACUUUGCCGUCCUCAAACUCAUGGGCCGAGGCACCAAGUUCUGAUCUCCUGUAGAAACCUCCCUUCCUCUAACAGCGAGGCUCUAACCACACAGCCUACAAUGCU